AAUGCCUAUUUAAUAUGUGAUAUCCAGGAAAUGUUAUGCAGUCAACAUGGAGGAAGAUAUAUGUAAUUCACCUAUAUAAAAAAAAAUAAUAAUAAUAAACUGAGCUUACCGUACAAGUCGUAUCCUUUUUUCUAGGAGCAUAUAGUAGUCACUUUGGAGAUUUAUUACUACUAUUAAGGAAACAAAAAUGAAGGAAAGUUUGAUACAGUUUUCACGAAGAGUUGUAAGACUCCCAAACAUUCUAAAUGGGCGAUUGUAUUGCUCUCGUCCUUCAGCUUCUUCCCUGCCUCCCAAUAACAAGCUCUUCGUCGCUGGUUUGUCAUGGUCUGUGGAUGAGAAGUCGCUCAACGAUGCAUUCUCUUCUUUCGGGCAAGUAACAGAAGUGAGAAUAAUGUAUGAUAAAGAAACUGGCCGAUCAAGAGGGUUUGGAUUUGUUCACUUCUCAAAAGACGAAGAGGCCAACUGUGCAAAAGAUGCGAUGGAUGGAAAGGCAUUUCUAGGUCGCCCUUUGAGGGUAAGCUUCGCCCUUGAAAAGGUUCGUGGUGCACCUGUUGUUGUCCCUCGACUUACAGGCGUUGGAAAUGGUGAUAAUAAGACUCGUUGAAUUCUUGUUUUGGAAGUGAUAAUAAGACUCGUUGAAUUCUUGUUUUGGAAGUGUCCUGGCAUUGAAGAGUGAUUUUCUGCUGCAUCUUCUUUUACUUGAGCGAAUAUACCAUGUGUUACUGGAUCAAUUUACCACUACGGACGCUUAACAAAAGGUGCUUAUUGUAUUCAAAAGCUACCAGGAAAUAAAGGUAGUCCUAAGAUGGUCUUGUGGGAAUUCACUUUAUGUUAAUUUGAGUUGUACUUGUUAUACAUACUAGAAAAUACAAUGAGAAAUCUUACGCUGCAACCAGGAAACUGUUGCAGUUUUCUUUGUUUGA